AUGCCAACCCCCUAUUCCAUCAAAGCCGACUUCAAUGUCCCUAUUCAGAUGCGAGACGGCGCCACCACCUACGCCGAUAUCUUCCGACCGGACGCCCCGGGUGAACAGUUCCCUGUUCUUCUCACAAGAACCCCCUACGACAAGAGCAGCCCCCAAAACCGCACCGGCACCCUUGACGUAGUGCGCGCCGCGAUGAGCGGAUACGCUGCCGUCGUUCAGGACGUGCGCGGGCGCUUCACUUCCGAAGGCGAGUUCUACACCUUCACCAACGAGAUCAACGACGGCUACGACUCCAUCGAGUGGCUCGCCUCACAGCCUUGGUGUACCGGCAAGGUCGGCACAUUCGGCAUCUCCUACGUCGGCGCAACUCAGUGGCUCGCUGCCAAGUCCAAGCCACCCUCGCUGACAGCUAUCGCGCCCGGCUUCACCGCGCACGACUACCAUGAAGGCUGGGCGUGGCAGGGCGGUGCUUUCGAGCUUGGCUUCAACCUCUCUUGGUCCGUCGGCUCGCUCGCCGGUGCAAACUGGGCAAACCUGUCCCAGAAGAUAAACAAGGACAUCAGCGAACUGAACGCCCUCAUCGCAUCGAAAGACUCACUUGGGGGCGGCUUCUCGCACCUGCCCAUGCAGGAAAUGCCCGAUCUCAAGGAAGGCAUCGCACCCUACUACUACGAUUGGCUCUCCCACGCCGACUACGAUGACUACUGGAAGCAAGUCUGCAUCGCCGAGUCCCACUCAGAGAUCGCCAUCCCCGCAUUCAAUGUUGGCGGCUGGUACGACAUCUUCCUCGGUGGGACGAUCCAGAACUACCUCGGCAUGCGCGCAAACGGCGCCUCCGACCUCGCCCGCAGCGGCCAGCGCCUGCUCAUCGGCCCCUGGAUUCACUCCGGCUCCGCGCCCGCAGUCUCGGGCGAGUACAACUUCGGCACCCGCGCGGCGGCAGCAGCCAUCGACCUCCCCGGCGAAUUCCUCCGCUACUACGACUCACCACCUCAAGGGCGAGGACAACGGCGUUCCCGACGACCAGCCCGUCCGCAUCUUCGUCAUGGGCAUCAACGAGUGGCGCUACGAGGACGAAUGGCCCCUCGAACGAGCCCAGGAUGUUCGAUACUACCUGCACAGCGGCGGUCGCGCCAACACCCUCAACGGCGACGGCAGCCUCAGCCCCGAAUCACCCGCGGACGAGUCGCCCGACGUAUUCGUGUACAACCCGAUUGA